CAUGGCAAACACGGUUUAAUAGCCAAAAAAAAAAAACCCCCGCAAUGUGCUUGUACUCUAUCACCUCACUGUGCAAUCUAAAAUUUACACCCCAUUUUCAUUUUAGAAGAAUCCACUCUCCACUCUCUCUUCCACUCGUAUCUCUCAUCUCCUCCUCUGCAGAAAUUUUUUAUGUGUUCCUCUCCUCUCCUCGCCGUUCGAAGCAAGGUUCCCCGGCUCCGUUCACCGGCCUCUCUCUCCGUUCGCCGAUUGAUCUCUCCGUUUGCGGUUCGGAGCUCGUUUGGUUUCUCCUCCGCCGGAUUGAUCUCUCCGUUGCCGGUCUCCCUUCUCCUCCUCCGACUGCCCGUCUCUCGCCAUCAGAUCAAGAGGUUUCUGAUUUUCGCAGAAAAACGGUUGAGCAUUGUUGAGGGUUCGGUUUGCCGGUAUCCCCAUCUCCUCCUCUGACUGCCCAUCAUCAGAUCAAGAGCUUAAAUAAAGGCCCCACGAGCAAUACGGCAGAACUUGCAACACGGCAGUUUGAUGGAAACAGACUUGGACCUGCGAAUUGCAGUUCACUAUGGCAUCCCGUCUACAUCUUCUAUUCUCGCAUUCGACCCCAUUCAACGCCUUUUAGCCAUUGGGACUCUGGAUGGAAGGAUUAAAGUGAUUGGUGGCGAUGGUAUAGGACUUCUUAUAUCCCCAAAGCAAUUGCCCUUCAAAUACAUUGAGGGUUACUUGGUUAGCAUCUUAAAUGACAAUGACAUUCAGAUGUCUUGUUUGCUGUUUACAAUGGGAAACCAAUAUAACUGCUUUUGUCGCAAUCCAUGGCUCCAACUUCAUGUAUGUCGGUGAUGAAUAUGGUUUGAUGUCUGUGCUGAAGUUCAAUGCCGAAGAAAGAGCAGUUUUGCAGUUAUAUUACUGAACAAAGCAUAUAUGAUGCUGCAGAUUUAUCUCUCGGCAAGAUCUAAUAGACUGGAGAAGAUGAAUGAAGAGAAAAUCUAUGGUCUUGAGGUGCAGAAAGUGUAUCUUACGGAACCUUAGUUGAAGCUCACUUGGUUUAAGUUUGAACAUGAGUUAGGAUCCUUCACUUAGAUUUCCAUUCAUCAUUUCUUUUUUAUUGCGGUUUUCUUGUUGUAUUGAUGGUUGAGACAUUGUUAUUCUCUUUCAGUAUGGUCUUCUUGUUGUAUUCAGGUUGGAGACAUUGUUGUUUUCUUUCAGUGUGGUUUUUUUGCUUUAUGUUUAAGACAUUGUUGUAUAUUGACAUUUCGUAUUACUACUUGUAUGUGAGUCUGAUUAUUUUUAUU